ACAUCACACAUGGACGACGAGUAAAUAAAAACUUGGACAUACAGUGCCACGUCACCAUUCACCAAAGCAGUGUGGCUGCUCGUGAGCCACACGCAGACGAUAAACGAGCGCCCCCCUAUAGUACCAUCCGUGGCACUACCAUGGAUGUAUUAUAGGGCACUAUCCACACACCAUACCAAGGAAGUUUGUUGACAUCAUUGGAAAGAGAAGAUGGCGGCGACCACAGCAGUAGAGAACAAACUGACAGAUCAUGAAUUAAAUCCCGGUUAUACAACCACCAGAGAUAGCGAAUCUGUUCUGGCAGAUUCGGGGGAACUACAGGAGUAUGUAGUGGAUUUCCUGGAGAAAGAGAUUGGAAGCGACCUGAAAUCAUUGAAGGCUGUUGGCGAUCUGCUUGGAAAACUGAGAGAGGAAAACAACGUACUAGAGAAACAGGUUCUGACUGAAUCCAGUUCUGUGCCUCCUAAAGUGUCUGCAGCUCUGUCUGCUGCUGAGGAGUCUAGAUGUUCUUUGGAGGACCUGCUGCAGAGAGAGCAACUUAUCUCCAACGUGCUGCACCAGCACCUACAGGGGGCCCAGCCUUGGAUGGAUAAUCUUGGCCAGACGCUUAACCAAGUCAACACUAUAGAGAGACAUAUGAAAUACCUGCAGUGCCUUCAACACAUAGAGGAACUCAGCGCUGAAGUCCAGCAGUGUCUAAUGACCAGCAGUGUCUGGGAUGCCAUAAAGGCAGUGGAGCGCAUGGCUGUGCUAGACACCGGACUAAACCAGUCUGGAUGUUCUCACCUCCAGGACUUCCUCCGAGAAACCCUUAAUUUUUGGCACAAGAUCAUCAAAGACAGACUGGCCAGUGAUUUUGAGAAAGUGUUGUCUCAACUUCAUUGGCCGAUCAUCUCGCCUCCUACCCAGUCACUGACACCCACUGUCAAUUCUCAUGAGAUCACCAGCCAGCUGGAACUGCUUGUCAUACAGCUGCUGGCCCUGCAGACCUCUGAUGACCUCAUAUCUCAGAGGGCGUUGGCCUCCAGUCAAGGUGGACCGUCUACCCAGCCUGUUUCUUCAGUCACACCCUCAACCCAAGCUCCUCCACUCUGUCUGCCCAUCCAGAUCAUGCUGCUGCCGCUCAGCAGGAGGUUCAGAUACCACUUCUAUGGGAAUCGACAGACCAACUCCCUCAGCAAGCCAGAGUGGUACCUCACACAGGUUCUGAUGUGGAUGGGGAACAGCUCGACCUUCAUGGAGGAGAAGAUCCAACCUAUCCUGGACCGAGCUGGGGUCACCAUUAGUGCCAGGGUGGAGCUGUGUCGAGGCCUGUUGUCUCUUGUCCAGGAAAAGGUGGCCAACGAUGCUUCUAAGCUGCUGUAUGAUGAUGCACUCUUCUGUCACUUGGUGGAGGAAGUACUGCAGUUUGAAAAGGAGUUGCGAAGUAACCAGUCAUACCCAGCAAUGCUGCCUGGACUGCUUCACCUCUUGCUUGAGGACACAACCCUUCAGAAGUGGCUCACUGUGGAAAAGAAGAUGGCAGUGGAGAAGGUGGAUACCAUGCUGUCGGCUGAGGGAGCAUGGAGCUCUCAGUACAAAGAUAUCAGUGAUAUGGAUGAGUUGAAGGCUCCAGAUUGUGCCGAGACUUUCAUGACUCUGCUGCAGGUCAUCACUGAGCGCUACCGGGCCUUGCCUUGUCCUUCUGCACAACUGAAGUUUCUGGAGCUACAGAGAGAACUGGUGGAUGAUUUCCGUAUACGACUCACACAGGUGAUGAAGGAGGAGUCUCGUUGUCCACUCGGUCUCCGUUAUUGUGCCAUCCUUAAUGCUGUUAACUACAUUUCCACCAUCCUGGGAGACUGGGGAGACAAUGUGUUUUUCCUACAACUGCAGCAGGCAGCAGUUUCACUCGGUGAGGAAGUGGUACUAGGAGGCCUGGGGGUGAUGGAGGUGGGUCGUCUGGCUUCUCUGGAGGGUUCUCUAUUUGAAGGUCUGUUGGCGUUACUGGAGCGACUGAAAGGAGACAUGAUGGGAAGACUGCUGGAUGGGAUUAUGAGAGAAAUCACAGAAAAAGCCAAACCAUACCACCAAGACAGGUGGUUUUCUCUACCAUCCCAGCAGGACCAGUCCACCAUGUCCUUGUCUAGUUCAGCAUGUCCCAUGAUGCUUUGUGUCAGGGACAGAUUGUUGAACCUUCAGCAGAUCCUGAGUCUUUCCCUGUUCCAGCAGGCUUGGCAGGGCCUUGCGGAGAGACUUGACAACUUUCUCUACCAGGAUGUGAUCCUGUCUAAUCAUUUCAGUGAUGGUGGGGCAACUCAGCUUCAGUUUGACAUGACGAGAAACCUAUUUCCUCUAUUUGGUCACUACUGCAAAAGACCUGAGAAUUUCUUCAAGCAUGUUAAGGAGGCGUGUAUCAUCUUAUGUCUUAAUGUGGGCUCUGCUAUUCUUCUAAGGAAUUUCCUUAAAGAGUCAGAGGAAGAAAUGAGAGAUUGGGCAGGAGGAGGGGAUCCUCCACCAGAAUAUGCAUUGAAUGAGUUGGGGGUUUACUGCUUGGCUCCCUGCGAUGUGUUGAUUCUCCUCAACCUCAGAGCCUCCUGGCCAGGACAGUAAUAUUUCCUCCAGGUAAUAUUUGUAGGUGUGGAGAGUGCACUGGAUUUAGAUCAAACAGUGCUUGACAAUUUUUUUCUUCUUAAGUUUUGUCAUUAGCAUCAAUCUUUCAUUUUAAGUUGAUAAUAUUGAAUUAACAUUAUAUAAAUUUUGAGUUACAAAAUUUUUGGGACCUACGUAUUGUCACCUCAGUUGAUUAAUGUAUACCAUAUAUUGUCUUGUGGAUUGUGUAAUAAAUCUAGCUGCAAUUUUUCCACCUUCAGGAGUUUUAUUUGUUUGUAUGUUUUGUGUGUCUUAGCGUCUCUUUGUAUGAUAAUCUAAAGAUUAAAGGUUCCCUGAAAAUGUA